CCCGCCCCGGCCCGCCCGGCCCCGCCGCUCCCCUCCGUCUCUCCCUGCUGUGGCGACGUGGUGCUGGCCGGGCCCGGGGCGCAGCGAUGUGGCGGGCGCUGCUGGCGGCGUUGCUAGCGGCGGCGGGCGCGCAGUACGAGCGGUACAGCUUCCGCAGCUUCCCGCGGGACGAGCUGAUGCCGCUGGAAUCCGCCUACCGCUACGGCCUGGACCAGUACAGCACGGAGAACUGGCCCGAGAGCGUCAGCUACCUAGAGGUGAGCAUGCGGCUGUACCGCCUGCUGCGCGACAGCGAGGCCUUCUGCCACCACAACUGCAGCUCCGUCGAGCGGCCCGCCGCCCCGCCGCCCGCCGAGGGGGAGCUGGCCGAGCUGCGCCUGCUGGCCGGGGUGCUGCGGCGGGCGCAGUGCCUGCGGCGCUGCAAGCAGGGGCUGCCCGCCUUCCGCCAGGCCCAGCCCGGCCGCGAGCUGCUCGAGGAGUUCCAGCGCCGCGAGCCCUACAAGUAUCUGCAGUUCGCCUACUUCAAGACUAAUAACCUUCCAAAAGCUAUUGCAGCAGCUCACACAUUUCUUCUGAAGCAUCCAGAUGAUGAAAUGAUGCAAAGAAAUAUGGCCUACUAUAAGAGCAUACCCGAUGCUGAGGAGCACAUUAAAGACUUGGAGACAAAGCCUUAUGAGAAUCUCUUUGUCAGGGCUGUGAGAGCGUACAAUGGUGACAACUGGAGAACAUCCAUCUCAGAUAUGGAACUGGCUCUUCCUGAUUUCUUCAAAGCCUACGAUGACUGUAUAGCAGCCUGUGAAGGCUCCCGAGAGAUCACAGAUUUUAAAGACUUCUAUCUCUCCAUUGCAGAUCAUUACAUUGAAGUCCUUGCGUGCAAAGUGCAGUGUGAGAGUAAUCUGACACCCAUUAUAGGAGGCUUUGUUGUUGAGAAAUUUGUGGCCACCAUGUACCAUUACUUACAAUUUGCGUAUUAUAAAUUGAAUGACAUGAAGAAUGCAGCCUCUUGUGCUGCUAGUUACCUUCUAUUUGACCAGAAAGAUGAAGUAAUGAAACAGAACAUGGUCUACUACCAGUACCACAAAGACAAAUGGGGACUUCAAGAAGAGGAUUUUCAGCCCCGAUCGGAUGCAGUUCGGUAUCACAACAUAACCACACUCCAAUUGGAAAUGUAUGAAUUUGCAAAGGAACAUCUAGUGGAUGAUGAUGAGGGUGAAGUUGUGGAAUUCCUUGAUGAGUUGUUAGAAGUGGAGGAAAAGAAUGAAUCCUGAUGAGUGAGAUCACCAUGAAGUAUUUUACAAAAGUGAAGACUCACCAUUGUGCCUUAUUAUUGGUUUUGGUCACUCGUAGUUCCAGAUAGAUAUACCUCAAAACCGUUCCUUUAAGCUCCAAAACACAUCACAAGAUCCAACUCUGAAAGACGAGCUCUGUGCUGCAUCGACUCGUUCAUGAACAUGAGUUUUCACUGUGCCUUUACAGAAUUGGUGCUUAUGGGUUUUCCUCCUGAGCUUUCUUUCCUUUACACAAACACAACAAAACUGACAAUUCUUGUUUUCUGGAUUGACACUAAGAUUUCUUGUUUCAGUGCUGUGCCAUAAGUUGUAACAGUGCAGAUAAAUUUGGUAGAACUUUUGUCAGAUUGUGAACCAGGGAUGAUAUAACAGUUCUUCUAGACUUUCUAAGCUAUGUAAUUGUAUUAUUUAUAUAUGACUGCGAUGACUAAUAAAGUGAUACUGAAUCCCAGUGCAUCUGAAAGGUGUUAAGGUAACAAACGAACUUUAAAUAGCUUGAAAGGAUUAAUGAAGCACAACUGGCGAGCUUCUAAAAAUUCCUUUAAGAAUUCUAUAAACAUUUUUGAUCUUUCUUAAAACUGAAUGAAAUUCCAUGUGAAAGUAAGGUCACUUCGAAUUGAAUAAUAAAUAAUUCCUACUUCCUACCAA